GUCAUCCCUCGCUCGGUGACGGCGGCAGCAGGAAUAGGGUAUUGCAGGCCGGCUCACUCGGAUUACUACACGGUGUUCAUGACGGACAGAAAACUUUUCGGAACUUAGGAAAAGUUUUCCAGGAAUCUCCAAAAUGGAGAAGAACCGGACUGGUGGUUCGGGCAGGACAUAUAGCCCGUGUGCGCGUUUUAUUUUGUGGAUUUUCGCAUGUCUUGGAAUUACUUUGCUCAGUCUUCUAAUAGCCUUUGUCGCUUGGACGAUUUUGUCCUACCACGACUCGCUGGUUUCUCUCCAAAACAGAGUGGGAAAAUUGGAGAAAGAAUGCUCAGAGUAUAAAAAUAAUAUCAAUAAAUAUGUUGACAUGAAAGUGCAGAAGCUCAUACAGGAGCACCUGGAGGAACGUAUGCACAAAUCUGACGUCGUCAAGAGGGCCGUAGGAAGCUGCCUCUGUCCGCCAGGUGCCAAGGGCGACAAGGGAGAUCUGGGGCCAGUGGGUUCCAAAGGAGAAAAUGGUUUUCCGGGUCCCAUAGGCCCACCAGGGAAGAGUGGGGAGUCAGGAAACCAAGGACCAAAGGGAGACAAGGGAGGGAAGGGGGAGUCAGGAGAAGUGGGAAUGAAAGGGGAGCCUGGCCUGGCUGGAUAUGAUGGCCUACCUGGAGCCAAGGGUGACCGCGGACCACCCGGUCUACCGGCUGGACUGGAGCUGGACGAAUAUGGCCAGAGAAUCAUUGAACUUAAGGGUGAACCUGGGGAGCGUGGUCAUCCUGGACCACCUGGUGAAGCCGGACCACCAGGACUUCCAGGGUACGACGGGAUUGUUGGACCUCCAGGACCAGCGGGCCCGCCAGGACCAGUAGGACCUCCAGGCUUAGCAGGAAAAGAUGGCAUGCCAGGAGAACCGAGAGGACGAACGUGUCGCAUGGAGGUGAAGAAAAAAAGUGGACGCAACCGCAGAGAACGAUUGUCAAAAACUCAUAAAGCGGGCAAGAAUGGUGGCUCAAAGUUAUCCCCGUUGAAAGAAAAAAAGAAACACAAACUCCGUAGUCGCAAACCCCGACACUUAGCCGACAGAGAGGGUCCACCAGGACCAGCAGGACCAGGCAUGUCCGGGAUCGUGCUGGGAGAAGACGGAGCGUGCAGGUGUGAGAAGGGUGACAAGGGAGAUAAAGGAAUAGCGGGAAAACGUGGUCGGCGUGGAAAGAGGGGUCCGAAGGGUGAACAGGGCAGCCCCGGGCUAGACGCUCCCUGUCCCAUCGGUCCUGACGGGCUCCCUCUGCCCGGUUGUGGUUGGAGGAUGCCACCGAACCAGGGCCUGCCUGGACUGGAUGCACCUUGUCCACUAGGUAAUGAUGGAUUGCCAAUCUCGGGAUGUGGGGACACAAGUUAUGAGGCCAGAAGUACCCGCUCGCUGCUCAAAUCCCGACGUAAGCAGCGCAAGAUCUUGCGGCCAUAGAUCAGUGACAUGGCGCGAGGGAGGUGGGCGUGACAGGAUGUGGAUACUUUGACAAACCAGAUGAUCAGUCAGAGCUCCGCCAUGACACACAGAGAUGAACAGAGAUUCCCCAUCUGGCAUCACAUCAUCAUUGUGACCAGGAUUAACACAAUACCACAGACAUUCACACACACAGAUACACUCCUGCAUUCAGGCAUCUUUAACCACCUCAUGUUUCUGUUACCAUUGCAUCUUCCCUCCAUCAUAUCUACAAGCAUAGGGCACGAUCCUCCCAGUAGAAGGCAACACCACCAUUGAACAGUUGCCAAACAGAUGUCAUUCUUACAACAGAUGUUUAUUUAACAACAGACCUCAUUUGAAAUCAUACUUUAACCAGUAGACAAAGCCAUCAGAAAGUGGCCUGAGAAAUCAGAAAUAUACAUCAUUUAGCCAGCAGACAUUAUUCAGAAUACAAAUGUGUUUAAUUUUAAGAAGCAGACGUCAUUCCAAAAGCAGACAGCCAAAAGAAGCAGAUGCUAAUCAGAAAGCAGGCUCCUUUAAAAUACCAGACAUCAUUUAGAAAAGUCAUCAUUUAGAAACAGAUGUCAAUCUAAAAGUGAGCAGUCAACAGAACACCAGUCAUUCAGAAAGCAGAUGUCAUUCAGAAGAAGGAAAGAUCAUGCAUGUGGAUGUCUUCAGAAUGGAGGAUUUGUGGCACUAUGCAGUGGGAAGUAUCAGGAUAUGUGUACUGUCAACCAAAUGUAAAUACUAGCAUUCAUUUUAAAUGUGAUCUGUUCAUGGACAGUGUCAUCGGUUCAUGGACAGUGUCAUCGGCUCAUGGACAAUGUCGUCUGCUCAUGGACUAUGUCGUGUGUUCAAGGACAAUGUCGUCUGUUCAAGGACAAUUUCGUCUGCUCAUGGACUAUGUCGUCUGUUCAUGGACUAUGUCGUCUGUUCAAGGACAAUGUCGUCUGCUCAUGGACUAUGUCGUCUGCCACAAAACACUGGGAUUAGGUAACUGUUGUUAGUGAUGGAAAUACUCAAUUAUUUGUUGUCUAGUAGAAACAGUUGAUGGCCUACGACAUGUUUUUUGUAACAAUCAUUUGUUAACAAAAUUAAUGAUGCAAAUUUUAUUGGUAUUUAUUUGUAAAAUUUGAUUGUAUGGUGGAACUGGUCCGAGGAAUAGAUGGAGAUGGCUACAGCCAAUGAGCGGAUGGGGCGUGUGUGUGAGAGUGUUCGAGCGAGAGUGGGUCUAUUGUGUUCGUUGCAGCCAGAGAGAUUGUACAUAUACUUGUGUUCAUUUUAUGUUCAUCCCAUAAUCAGGAAUGGAGUGUCCAUCCUACUUUGUGUACAACAACCUCUGUUCACAGUGGCAGCGUCUGGUGACCAUUCUUGCUGAGUAUUUGUCUCUAUGUGAAAAUAGUCCAGGUGAACCCCAUGAAGCCGACCGAUGGCCAGCUGUCCCCUGCUUAAUGUCGUCUCUUUAAAGACACACAUCAUCCUCAUCAGACUCUUGUCUGAUGACAAAUUAGACUCUGUUUGAAGUUUGUGAAUAUAUUCAUUUACCAAGCAUAAUGAAAGUCUCCCAAUCAUCAAUGAUGUGCCUACAUGUUUCGAGUGGUCUUUCAUGAUUACGUUCAAGUUUGCCAUCUUUUCAUAAUUGUUCAUCUAGACAUGUUUCAGUGUUGUAACACAUGCAAAGCUGUUUGUUUGGUUUUGGAAGUCUCCCCAGGAGUAGUGUCUAACGCUGUCGGUACUGAUACGUCAUAGCCAGAAGAUAACCCUAAACAAUCUUGUAGUGUAGGUCUACAGAAUACAUAGACACAAUAGUACUAACACAUCUGUUGUCAUGGUUAUCUUACACAUAUCAUGCAGUAACCAUGGUAACAACAUAAUCUUUAUGGUACCUAUACUAGUAUAGAUUUGAUGUCAAAGCUUCUUACCCGGAGAAGAUAUCACUAUAAGUGCUGAGUCUAAAAUCUGCAAACACUACAGUUCAAGUGACAAAGUAUCUUUUUUUCUGUUACUAAGGCAAAUAUGAACAGUUUGUUCAGCGAUGCAAUCAGUAAUUCAGCAUCCUUCUAUUUUGUGUAAUAGAAAUGUCUACAUGGUCUUGUAGGGCAUGCUACAAAGGUCAUGUUUUGUUGACAGAUUUGGACAUGUGAUAUUCAUGUAAUGGUUGUCUACUUUGGAUUGGGGCUCUUUUAUGUUUGCCCUGUGCCAUAAACUCCCUGCACUGCAUGUGCUCUUGGGCAGGGCAUGGAGCUUGCUUACACGUUUAUGUCUUGCAAUGAUUAUUGUAUAACAGGCUAUUCUAAUUAAUUUACGAGUUUGUAUCAUUUUUGUCAUAAAGCUAUCAGUAUGAGACUAUGUUUUUAUUCACAAGAUUUAUAUUAUCCUUGGAAUUUAAGAUGAUGAUAUGUCCCAUGACAAUAGAGUUCUUGAAGAGACUACAGUGGUAUCUGCCAUCUCACUCUGCCCGACCAAGCAUUUACAACUCAGGGAAGACAACUCCGCUGCCUGUAUUUGGCACUCACUGUUUAAAUGGGCCAUUCAUUACUACAUCUCGAAAUUACUGAGGGAAUUCAUGUUGUUCUCCUGUAACCAGGAUAUGACUCCAGACUUCCGGGGACAUUGGUGUCAUCUAUGGCAGUUUCCUACUGAUAGUUUAAUGUUCUUUGUGAGCCUACAGGUCAUAUAACCAGAAUAUUAGUUCCAUACAGGGUGGUGCUGUUUCCCCUGACAACUAGAACCUCCGCAGGAGUCAGGGCCAACUCAAGAUGUAAAACAUCACAACCCUACAAUAUAGAACUCUGGAGUUUUGACCCCAGAUCUAAAAGUGUAAAGGCAUAUGAUAUGCAUUAAGGCCAGUCCAGUUUUCUUGCUCUUCAUCAGUUUGCAGAAGGCAGGAAGUUUUAACUACACACUGAAUCAUUGAGAGAGCUGAUUUGACUUCAGUUACAUCAAAAACAUGUCAGUUUAAUAACACUCUUAUGUUUUAACUCUAACAAAUGUAGGGCAGCUCUGUAAAACAAGAUGACAAUGUAAUAUUGUGUCUGUCCCAAAUGAUCAUCAUAGAAUGUUACUGUAUAACACUAUGAUCCAGAACUCUAAGAUAUCUGUCCCAAGGAAGAACUCUCCCUGAGUAAUGAAAUUCAGUCAGACUGUCCCAAAUAUUGGUCUCUAGGCUCCGGAACCACCUUAGUCGUAUUCCCUAUCACAUCCCACAUAAUCAUUGGUCUAAAGAAAAUUCUUAAAAUUUAGUUUGUAUGAUUCAAUUUUAGAUCCCCAUCAUAGAGAUCUUGUUGAUCUAAGGAUCUUCAUGUAGUUGAAAGGGAGAGACUGGUAGACGAGAGGACAGUCUGCUGGAGUAGGGUAGAUAUUGUACAUAUUGGCUUGUUGCUUGUACAGUGUAGAAGAUGUUAUUCUUGUAUUUUGUUUCUUGUUUAUGAAAGUCAUGAAGUCAGAUCUUGUGCUUGUUUCAUUUAGAACACAAAGGAUGAAUGUCUAUCCAUAUUUGGCAAAUAAUCAUCGAUAAUCCAUUUGUCAAAAGAGUUUCUUGAAAACCAGGACAUUGUAAUAUUUGUAAUAUUGUUCACUGAAUCUUUAUAACCGACUUGUAGUUCCCAUGGAGAAAUAUUCUGACAAACAAGCGAUAGACUAAACAACUGAGAUCUGCGUGAACAUGUGUAUGACUUAGCUCAAUUAACUAAGACUAUUUUAUUUGUUUUGUUCUUAACAGUUGUAAUAUCUUGCAGUAAACCGCCUAAUUGAUGUAUUAACUCAGUAUGUUUACAGAAGAUUUAAUGAAUAAAAAUAUCAACCUACAA